GUGGUGCGAGGCUUCGCCAACUUGGAGGAGACCUUGGACCAGUACUUCUCCCCCAAAGUCAUCGAGGAUGGCUCCGGCCUGCGCGUGCGCACGACGCGGAAGUUCAAACGGAUGCCUUCGGUCUUGCAGUGGUAUUUGAAGCGUGGCGACUACGACUGCUGCACGGGGCUCUCGGGUCUCACAGAGACGUUCAUGCGCUUUCCGCGUCAAAUCGACAUGGGAAAGUAUGCAGAGGGGGGUGCAGUGUACCAUCUUUAUGCGAUCAUGGUCGAAUGUGAUGACCACUACCUGUCUUACAUCCGGCCGGAGAUGGAAGGUGACCGGGGGCAGUGGUACCGCUUCGACGACCGCGAGGCGGGGUCAGCAGUCUGCGGCGUGUCAAAUGCCACGGCCGUGGAUGCCUCCUUCGGCGGCGAAGAGUGGCUCUGCGUGAACUACCUCUACGGCCCUUCUGCUGUGCUGAAGCGGCCGCGAGAAUCCCGGGCCUCGAUGCUGCUCUACCUCAAGGAUAGCGAGCUGCAGCAGCUGCUUCGCGAGCCCAAACUCCCAAAGCUGUGUCCGGAGUUGCAGAUGCCCCUUCAGCGCGGAGAGCACCUGCAGGCGGGGAGCGUGGAGUUGGAGGCCGCGGCGGCUGCAGAAGCCGAGCUCCUGAACGACCUCCAUGUAGAGCAACUGAAGGAGGUGAAGAAGAAGAAGGCAAAGCAAAAGAAGAAGCAGAAAGAGAAGGAAAGGAAGCACCAGGUUCGGCCUGGUGAGGAGUCGGGGGGCUUCGAGCCGGUCCGUGACGAGCGGGAGGAGGACAGCGAGGACGACGAGGAAGCACCUUCGGAGCCUCCCAUGGAGGCCCCGGAGAAAGAGGUGGACUCCGACGAAGAAGGUUUCGAGGAAGUUCUGCGAGUGGCGCGCGGGAAGAAGCGCGGGAGCAAGAGCCAGAGCAACUGCGGAGCCCUUCUGGCAGGGCAAGGCGAGGCGAGUGGCAGCCGCGCCUCCAGUGCAGGGCGCGCGCCGCCCAGCCAGGAGGAGAAGAACGAGGAGAACACCGCGCCCGGGCAGCGGGCCCCUGCGGCGGAGCCUUCGGAGGAGGCCCCCUUGGUGGAGGAGCCGCAGGAGGUCGAGCAGGCGCGGAAGAAAAAGGGCAAGCAGAAGAAGCGGAAGGAGAGGGAACGAGAACGAAGACCCCAG